CGGUGUCGUUAGUCGAUAGUCGUGACAACAAUAUAGGUGUUUUUACAAGUCUUCUUCAGUUAUAAAUAUAUUCUUCGUUUGUCCUUAGCUAAAACAUCAGACCUGAAAAUGCCUCAUAAACACAAAAAGGCUAAAUUGGAUUUAGGCGCCAAGCAAUCGCAAUCUGCUCCAGAUAGUGAAGUUAAAACCACUCCAGAGCUUCAAGAGGUCACUGAGACACAAAUCCGAAUCCCACACGAUGAGGGCCUCCCAGUCCAGGCUAUUUUUAGAAGGUUGCAUGUUAGUGGAUUCAAAGGUAUAUCGAGUGAAAAAGAAAUUCGGCAGAUUUUUCGUCCAUUUGGCCAUAUUGAAACAAUUGAUCUGCUGUUCAAUCGAUUUGCCUACGUUCAGUUUGAACUCGUUGAUGCCGCGCAACUGGCUAUGAAACAGUUGAAUGGCAUAGUGGCUGAAGUAGGAAAACUAGCGGUGCAGUGGGCACACAAUGAUGUACAUUUAGAGCCAGCUCUUAAUCGGAUGAUCCAAGCAUCGAAGCAGUGGAAUGGUAUUUACAUCGCCUCAGUGGAUCCUGAUAAAACAGAAGCAGAUUUACGAAGUGUUUUUGUUGCAUUUGGCACGAUUAGAUUCUGUCAGUUAUAUCGGGGUUCCAAUCCAGAGAAUGUCGAGGGAUACGCUUUCGUAGAAUAUAAUUCCAGCAACUCAGCGCAUGAUGCCAUCGCCGCAAUGAACAAUGCAAUAUUUGGAAAAUUCAACCUGCGAAUCGGUCAUGCCAUAACCCGUCCAUAUGCACCCAAGGUAAAAAUAUAUUUUUAGGGAACAACAUUCACC